AUGGACAUUUGGUCCCAAAAAAUAUUUUUCUUUCUCAAAUUGAAAUUAAUUUCUUUUUUAUUUUAUAGUCCUGAUAUCAAGUUCAGUUCGUUGAUUAAACAUUCAAACUUUGAAGACAAAUUUCAUUUUGGACGGCGAAAUGUGCAGAGUUUUGAUGAGUCAAACAUUUCGACACUUGGAAAUCAUCGAAACACUACCAAUUUUGGCGGACCUCCCCCAUCAUCAUAUCGACCAUUUCGCUCUCGUUUUUAUACUUCUGGAAGUUCACAAUUUAACAACAACAACAACAAAUCUAGACGUACACGUUCUUUUGAAAUUUCUGAUUGGACAAAUUCUUCAACAACUUUGUUUAAUCAACAACAACAACAACAACAAUUUACUGCUUGGUUACAACCUUCAAAUUUGGAAAUUGUAACUGGUGGGGGAGAAGGAAUGUCUACUUCAAAUUGUAGUAGUAGUGCAAGUAGUGGGGCUGUUAUUCAUCAUCAAAUGGCUGUUGGAGGGAAUGGAAGUUGUGGGGGAGGAAUUCCUUUUCAAAUUUAUCCGACUGGACAGAUUGUGUUGACUAAUGAGGUUUUUCUUUUUCUAUUUUGGGGAGCUUUAUUAGGAAGGGGUGGUGGUCAUCCGCCGUAA